ACACGAACAAAUAGCAAACAUACUCUUUCAAACUCACAUAUCAAUCUCGUUCUUUUAUUCUUCGUUCCCAUUUAUCCACACCAUCUUCAUAUUAAUAACCCACUUUUUUCUUCUCUAGACCCAUCUUUUUCUUUCUUUCUCAUCGGAUCAAAUUACUCUUCUUUAUCGCAAAGUCAUAUAUUUAUUUUUUAAAAUAUUCGAGAUUUCUCGAUAUGGACGCAGGCCACCAUCACCAUCUUCUUCACCACCAGCUUCAACAGCAGCAAGUGAGUGUUAAUAUUGAUACGGGUGGAGAUAGGUUUCCGCAAUGGAGUAUGCAGGAAACGAGAGAUUUUUUGAUGAUUCGGGCCGAGCUGGACCCCACUUUCAUGGAGACCAAGAGGAACAAGCUCUUGUGGGAACUGAUUGCUACGAAAAUGAAGGAGAAAGGGUAUAAUCGUAGCGCUGAGCAGUGUAAAUGCAAAUGGAAAAAUCUCGUUACCCGAUACAAGGGGUGUGAAACUAUUGAGCCGGAAGGCAUGAAGCAGCAGUUUCCGUAUUACAAUGAAUUGCAAGCGAUUUUCGCGGCAAGGAUGCAAAGAAUGCUGUGGAAUGAGGCGGAAGGGAGCGGUGCAGGAGGUUCGAAGAAGAAAGCUACUCAGCUAUCAUCGGACGAUGAGGAUGAGAAUGAGGAGAGCGAUGGAGAGCAAAGAGGAACUACGAGUGGGAAGAAAAAGAGGAAGGUAAAGCAGAAUCCGGGGAGUAGUAAUGCUAUUGGUGGGAAUGUGAAUGCUAAUGUUGGCGGUUUGAAGGAGAUGUUGGAGGAUUUUAUGAGGCAGCAAGGUGAGAUGGAAAUGCGGUGGCUGAAAACGUACGAGGCGCGGGAAGAGGAGAGGAGAAUGAGGGAGAUGGAGUGGAGGCAAAGAAUGGAGGAGUUGGAGAAGGAGAGGAUUAUGAUGGAGAGGAGGUGGAGGGAAAGGGAGGAGCAAAGAAGUGCAAGGGAAGAAGCUAGAGCUGAGAAAAGGGAUGCUUUGAUCAAUGCACUUCUAAUUAAGCUUAGAAGGGAAGAUAAAUCUUAAUCUGCAGAAGCAUUAGUAAUUAGGCUUGUGCUAUGUAGGACUAUUUAUGUUUUCAUCUAGUUCUUGUUUCGGACGAGGAAUUAAGAUCGAGGUUUGUCUU